AUGCUAUCCUGCUUCGGGUUCGGCAAGUCGCGCGAGGAUCGCGAGCGAGAGCCUCUGCUGCCGCGCUACAAUGACGACACGGCGCUCCAGCAGCGGCUGCACGAGAAGCUGCACACGUAUCAGAUGCUGAGAGCUCUCGGCAAGGGAUACAUGCCGUCCAACGAGCAGCUCAUCGUCAACCUGCGCACCCUGCUGUCUUGCGACAUCCUUAACCCCGAUACGCCAGACCUUAGCGACUCUGGGCGCAAGCUCAUCCUCAACGUCAAGCUCCUGAUCAAGCAGCUGAUUGAGCUCCUACUGCACAAGAACGACCAGGACCAGAUUCAAGAUUUUAUCUGGUACUUGACGAAAGCUCGCUUGUCCAUCGACGCCUACGACAUUGGUGCUCGAGCGUCAAAAGCCAGGGCCAGAGCCGAUACAGUUGCUGCAUACAAAAGCUUACAAACCGUCGGCUCUCUCUUCUUAACCAAUUCUGACUUUCGCCUUCUGCUAUCGGACCUCGGCACCAUUGGUCGAGAGGUGUUCCGCGACACAGCCUUCACCCUAUCCGACGUGUCCAAGCAGGCCGCCAAGAAAAUCGAGCCCUCCAAAGAGGAAGAGGAAGCUCUCCGACACCCGAACGGGGACUCGAAGCCUCCCCCUUCCAAGGACGACUUCCAAGAUGAGGUCGUCGAGGUUUCCCAGGUCGUUGCUGAUGGCGUCGCCAAAGUCGCAGAUGAAGCCAGCCAGAGCUUAGUGGAUCAUGUCACCGGCGACGAACAAGAGACCAUCGUGCACCGAUUGAAAAAGACGAUUCUGAAUUUGCGCGACCGCAAAGACUACUCUGACUCGGUGUCCACGCUGUCUCUUCUGAUCAGACGAUAUCUUUUGGUUUACUCGCACGCCAUCUCCGACACCAUCGAAGUUGCGCAGGAUGACAUCAACACCAACCCCGAGGCGGAUCGGGCUCUGAAGAACUUCUGGCUCUUUUUGACCUCACUCGGUGAUCGCAACCAUUGGAACGAAGUCGAACGCAUGUUCAAAGUUGUUAUGGAGCACGGCCGAAGUGACCCUGAGUUUGACGAACUUGUCAGGCAAAUCGGCAAUUUGCUGCAAGACAUGCUGACGGAUCCCGACUUUUUCGAACAUGCGGAAGACCGCUUCAAGGAGUUGAGGGCCAAGUCAAAGGAGCUUACAUCUGAGUCAUCCGUCAGGGAUGAUCUCGACGCAUUGCUCGACAAAGUUCAACUGGCCUUGCACUCAGUGCUUGAAGAUGCCGACAUCAAAAAGGUGCUCAACACCACCCAAAGAAUCCUCAAAAUUCUGUCGCCUGCCCAUCAAUACACGAACGGGGAGUUGGUGGCGGACUCUGUCAACGUCUUCAUCCCCUUGCUCGUGCAGGCUAUUCAAUACGUGCCAAUUCCUCGCUUGGAGGUUUCAGCACCGGCAAUCGACCUCCUUUUGGAGAACCUAAUUUUGGAACCAGGACGCACCGUCAACAACAGCUCUUUCCUCCCCUACAAGAUCAAUAUAUCGACCCAGAAUGAUGUCGAAAUUCGCAAGGCCCGCUUCCGGACGACUUCCACAGUGAAAACGCUGAUGCGAAUUACCAUAUCGGGCCUGUCAAUUGCCGCGGAGGAUCUGGGCUUUUGGCUCCGCCUUCAUUCGGGAAUAUUGAGGCUAGCCGAUGCUGGCAUCGCUGGAUUCCACCUUGAUGAGCGAGGCAUCGAUGUUGCCAUUGAUGUGGAGGUCGGAAAGGAGCGACUUGAGCACAUAUUAACUCUUCACAAUGUCCGAGUUCGCAUCCACCAUCUCAAUUAUACGCUCCGCAAGAGUAAAUUCGCCUGCCUCGCUUGGGUGCUGAAGCCGAUUAUACGACCAAUUGUCAAGGCCGCAUUGGAAGCCCAGAUUGCUGCCAGCAUCGGCGAGUUGCUUCAUUUCGCUAACAGAGAACUUGUUUUUGCUCGUGAGCGGCUCAGGGCCACCCGCAUCGCCGACCCGCAGGACUUGUGGACAUUCCUCAAGGCCGUGGCAGCGAGAUUGGUGCCUCCGGAGGAUCCAGAUCUCUACACCCGAGUGGGCGUUGCGCAACCCGGCCGGGGUGUCUUCAAGGGGGUCUAUGCCCCCGGCAGUCUCGUCAAAAUGUGGAACGAGGAGGCGGCCCUGGCAGGCGACCGAGUGCACGAAUAUCAGAGAGACGGGUGGCGCAAUGCAAUCUUUGACAUUGGCACUACAACGGUCUGA